AUGACUAUUAAAAUUUACGGAUUUUCUGCAUCUAGUAAUAGUCUUGUAGUAUUUCAUGUCCUUAAAGAAUUAGGAUUACCUUAUGAAGUCAUUCAACCAGCUGGUCUUGAAGAAAUUAAAUCUUCAGAUUAUUUAGCUACCAAGCAUCCUUUCGGAAAAGUUCCUGUUCUCAACGAUGACGGAUUCCAAAUAUACGAAUGUAGGGCAAUAGCUCGUUAUUUGAUAAAUAAAUAUCAGGGAACCAAGACUUCCACCAUUCUUAUUCCUUCUGAUGUACAUAAAGCCGCUUUGGUAGAACAAUUCAUUUCUGUAGACACCUCUUAUUAUAAUCCACCUAUAAGUAAAUUAACCGUGCAAUUAGUAUACUUUAAACGUAUUGGUAAUGAAGUUGAUCUUAAAAUUGUUAACGAAGCUCGCGAAGAACUUGAAAAAGUUUUAGAUGUUUAUGAAAAAUUAUUGGAGGGUAAAGAUUAUUUAACCGGAGAAUUUACUUUAGCUGAUCUUCUUCAUAUUCCUUAUACUUAUUAUGCUAUUAACGUUGCUGGUGAAGUUGAUUUAUUGAACAAACGUCCUAAUGUUUCUAGAUGGUGGAAGAACAUUAGCGAACGUGAAUGUUGGAAAAAUGUUGUUACUGAAUAUUCAGUAAAAUAA